CGCGUCCAGACGCGUACGAAAAUCAAAUAAAAAAAAAAUAACUAUGCCAAAAAUUUUACACACGUGACAGGAUUUUUUAAAAAUAUGGAAUUAUUUAACUUAUUUUAAAAUUAUCAAUCUAAUGUUAGCUCAAAAUUAAAAUGGAAGCGUAGAUUUAAAAAUUGAAUAUAUUCAGGUGUGGUGAUAGUGUUGUGUGGUGAUUAGUGGUGCGUGAUGGUGCCACCAUGUGGCUGGUCGUGGUACAUCUGCUGCUGGUGACCGAAGCACUAGCCUUCAACAUCAGCAACCUCAUCACGCCAUUCAGCGAUGUGUUACAUGUCCGCUACCCAACUCGCAAGUCACACGUCCGCAGACAGCGCGCCAUACCACCCUCAGUACCAUUUCCUUGCGAAGAUGCUCUCUCCUGGGGCCGCAGUCCUGAACGGCCCACCUCAGUCCACAGACUAAGGCCUGGGGACAUAGACGUGGUGGCUGCUAUUGGUGACUCCUUGGUCGCUGGCAGUGGGGCUCUAGAAGAAUUCGCCCUUGGAGCAUUCGUGGAGUAUAGAGGAGUUUCGUGGUGUGCUGGUGGUGACGCAUCAUGGCGAGAAUACCUAACCUUACCGAAUAUCCUGAAGGAGUUCAACCCGAACCUUCGCGGCUACUCCACGGGCACCGGCGAGUGGCUCACCAGGAACGCCAAGUUCAACGUCGCCUUCCCCGUGGCUUCAGAUGAGGAUGCCUUAAAGCAGGCUAAGAUCGUAGUAGCUCGAAUGCGAUCAUCACCUGAAAUCGACAUAGCAAACGAUUGGAAGAUGGUGACGGUAUUCAUAGGGGCUAACGACCUUUGUUCUGCUUCCUGUCUCAACCCCAUCUCCUGGUCUCCUGCAGCUCAUGCCAAAAAGCUGGCCAUAGCCUUGGACUACCUCCAUAAACAUUUGCCGAGGACUAUUGUUAACUUGGUGCCGGUGUUAGAUGUGUCAGUGUCAAUCCGCGUGCUGCGUCCGAUGAUGUGCCGGCUGAUGCACUCGCUGUUCUGCACGUGCUUCCACCAGCAGGGCGGCAACGAGCUCUACGACCUCGUGCGGAUGGCCAGGCUCUACCAGAAGGCUGAGGUGGCGCUGGUGGAGAGCGGUCGCUACGACACCCGGCCGGACUUCACGGUGGUGCUGCAGCCCUUCAUGCGGCUGUUCAACGCUCCGCUGCCGCCCGUGCGGCCGCUGCCGCUCGUCAUCCACCAGUCCUACAUCACGCACGACUGCUUCCACUUCUCGCAGAAGGGACAUGCUCUAGCGGCGAAUCUCCUGUGGAACAACCUACUAGAGCCAGUAGGCAACAAGUCAGACAACGUGCCACCAGUCCUGCUGCGGCAGUUCCGCUGCCCCAGCAGGACUGCGCCCUUCCUCUUCACCGGGAACAACUCCCGGAACUUCCUCAUCACCGGCAAGCAGGAGGGGGCUGAUGAGGUCUUUCUCUGAGGACUUCUUGAAGGGGAAUGAAGUCCUGGGUUCCUAAGGGAGACCUCAAGGGACAAUUAUAAGUUCCUGCUCUCUACUCGAGGUACAAAGGGGGCCAAGAAAGACCAGUCAAAAGUGAAUUGCUAGUUGGUAUUUGUUUUUGGUCGCAGUGACUUCUAUCAAAGUUAUGGUAAGAAGACAUUGAGUGACAUUUUGUGUAUUUUCAAAGAAACUGUGUGAAGUUUUGAGGAGUGGAGUUUGAUUUGAUUGCAAUUGUGUAGAAAUGUGUGUUGUAGUGAUGUGAUGAUAAAAGGUGCUUCAACAAUGCUUUUGAAAGUUAUCUAAAGACUAAUUAUGCUCAGUGACUGCAGUCUCAAGUGUUUGAGUUUUUGCAGUAAGAAAUUCGAAUCCAAAGUUAAGCGAA